GAUUUCUAUCCAUAAGAAUAUGCAAAACAUAAUGCUCAAAUGGAAUUUACAUAAAAAAAAACAACCAUGAAAACUCUGGUUUGUUCUUCUCAACCAUCUCUCUUCCUUUCAAAAUCUUCUCCAUGGAAACUGAAAAAUCAAACCCACCACCACACAACCCUGCAAAUCCCAAACCGUCACAGUAAAACCCUUUAUCCACACGCCAAUGCCAAAGGAUUUGGCAGCAAUGCACCGGCCAAUAGUACCAUAAAACAAAAGCCCACAAAUGAAUUCUCCAACAAGGAUGGUAAUGGAGACAACGAGGAGAUUCCCCAGGUGGUGUUUGAGAGAAUGCUUGUUAGAAUUGCUGUUUCUGUGGGUCUUCCAAUGGCUGUUGGUAUAGCAGUGUUGAAAUUCUUCGGAGUGGUUAAGGAGCAACAGCUAUGGGAUGUGCCACUUUGGGUACCAUUCUUGACAACGUUGUUCUUUUUUGGGACAUCAGCCCUUGGGCUUCCUUAUGGGGCUUUGUCUACAAGUUGGAACCCAGACAAGAAAGGUUCGCUUUUGGGUUUGGAAGAAGCACAACAGAAUUGGGUUGAGAUUUGGAAGGAGGAAGAAGACGAGGACAAAAGCAAUAUUUCAUAAUUUUUUUUUUAAUUAUUUGGCAAUAAAUAUUUGAUGAAUUUACAGGAGCAUUAGUAUUUCUUUCUUUUGUAUAAUACAUGAAUUUCCAUGGUUA